CCACCUCUUUCCCUUCUUUUCUCGGUUCAAAAUCGAUGGUGAGCUUCGAGAACGUAAGCAAAGUGGAGCCUAGAGAAGGGCCGUCGUUUUUCCAAGCGGCAGUUGACAAUGAAGAAAACGGCGGCGGCGGAGACGACGACGACGAAGGUUGCUUUCACCAACCGGGAAAGAAACGGCGGCUGACGGCGAACCAAGUUGAGUUUCUGGAGAAAAACUUUGAUCGAGAAAACAAGCUGGAACCGGAGAGGAAAAUCCAGCUGGCUAAAGAACUGGGGUUGGAGCCUCGCCAAGUUGCAAUCUGGUUUCAGAACCGGAGGGCUCGUUACAAGACCAAACAGCUGGAGAAGGACUAUGACGCUUUGAAGGCCAGCUAUGAUAGCCUAAAGUGUGACUACGACAAUCUCCUAAAAGAGAGUGAAACUUUGAAAAAUGAGGUUAAUUCCUUGAAGGAAAAGUUGAUUACCAAAGAGAAAGGGAAGCAAAACAUGGAGUUGGAAAAUGCAAUUAGUUCAUCACUUGAAGAGCCUCCUGAAAACCCAAUUGUGAAGACAGAUUCUGAAACUCUGUCCAAUGUGCCAAAUGUGGUGUGCAAACAGGAAGACGCAAGUUCGGCCAAGAGUGACGUUUUGGACUCGGAUGAUAGCCCGCAUUACGCGGAGAACUUCUCUUCAUUCUUAGAGCCCGCGGAUUCGUCUCAUGUGUUUGAGCCAGAGCAGUCGGAUUUUUCGCAAGACGAGGAAGACGAGAUGAUCAUGAGGAAGAGCUUUUUGCCUUCGCCAUUCUUGCCAAAGCUCGAAGCUUAUUGUUAUGAUGACCCGUGUGCGAGUUCCUGUGGUUUUGGAUUCCAAGUUGAAGAUCAGUCCUUUAAUUUCUGGCCUUAGCGAGGCAUUUUUACAUGUUAUGUAGCUAGGCUAGGCUGUUGUUACUACAUUUCUUAGUUGUGCAAAUUUCUUAAGUUCUCGGAUGCAAUCAAAAGAUCAACACGCAAUAAAAUCCAAUUAUCUUCUCCAUAAUGUUUUGAUGACUAAUUGAUUAAUACAGGUCUUUUUUUUUUC